AUGCAUCGAGUUCCGCGGGUGACAUAUCCUGGGCGCGCGGCAUGUCGCCCGUGGCUCUGGUUUGGUUCCCUGCAGCUUCCCGAAAGUUGGCCCGGAAAAUCUCAUUUUCUCGCUGUCGAGUCGCCCAAGAGCCCAGUGUUUACCCGCGGGCUGCUGAGCGCGGGUCGGCGGCGAUUCCAGGAUAUGUCGCCGUUCGACACGAUCGCGAAGGCGGUUUACAGGCGACCGCUGACCGUCUACCUUCUCUCGAUCCUGGUGCCCGUGGCGCUCACCCUCGCGUUGCUGAAUUUCCGCAUCGAACUGGACACCGGGAUCCUCUCGUUUCGCGCGAGGGACGAACCCUACGCCAUCAACUACGACGCCGUCCUGUCCGCGGUCCAAUGGGGCAAAGGACACACCCAAUAUUUGCACGGGCCCCCAUCUCCUCCCAGCCCCGCCAACGCUUCCCCGCCGACGCCGCUCUCCGAGCGCCUGCAGAGCCACGCCAGCUACUGGCUCACGAUGGUGUACGAGACCAGACCGCCGGGCGGGAACGUGCUCACGGAAGAGCGCCUCGCCUACAUCGCCGAAGUGGAACGCAAGGUCCGGGCUGUAUCCGGUUUCGAAGAUUUUUGCCACCUCGGCGUGCCCCUCGCCUCGCUCAACGACACCUCGUGCCGUCGGUGGGUGCCGUCGUCCACCAGGGACCAGCACCCGCCCGCGUGCCCCGGCAUGCAGUGCGUGCCCGCGAUGUCCCUGAUGAGCUUCGAGGGGAUGAUCCGACGGUGGUUCAUCGAGUUGGUCGAAGCCGGGUCUGGGGCGGCAAACUCAACCGCGGGAGCGGAAGCGGUGGAACGCAGGCUGGAGGCCGUGGGGUUCGACCCGGCGCAGGCGUCGGCCAUGGCGGAGGCGCUCGCGGCGUCGGGGUGGGACACCGCGGAGGCGUACGCGGAGAUGCCGCUGACGGAACUGCUCGCGCUGGUCCCGUCGGGAGCUCUGACCCGCGACUUUUUCCACAUCGGGCACGAGCCGGGUUGGUUCUUCGACAAGUGGUACGCCACGGGCGAAUCGGAUGGAUCGUCGAGCGGUGAAGGGGUCCGCGCGGUCGCGUUGCGGAGCGGGUUCGAGUUUGCGCUGCCCCUCGCGGGCUACGCCACGAACCACGACAGGCAGUGGGAGCAGGAUCGAAAGUAUCGGAAAUGGGCUGAGGAAUUCACCAGGAUGCUGGCGGAUGGCGGCGAGAUUGACCGGGGCGCGGAGAAGGUGGGCCUGCGUGUACUGCACGCGGGCGGUGGGAUUAGCGAGGACGAGGCCGCCGCACUCGUGUUGGGGGAUCUGCUGUGGUGCACUGCCGCGUUCGCACUCGUCACCGCGUGUCUGUUUGCGUACAGCAGAAAGUUAUGGUGGACCGUCAACGCCAUUGUCGGGAUCUCUCUGAGUUUCCCUGUGGCCUUCUUCUUCUUUCGCGCGGCGUCGGCGUCGCCGUACGUGUCCUUCCUCAACAUGCUGGUGCCCUUUGUGCUCAUAGGGAUCGGAUGCGACGACGCCAUGCUGAUGUUCGACGCGUUCAGGGCGGCCAUCAGGGAUGAUUGCGGCGAUGACGAUGGAAUUUUGCUCCCUUCCGAGGAUGUCUUUGCCGCGCGAUACGCACCCGCCGCGAGGGCCAUGCUCGCGACGUCGCUCACCACCGCGGUCGCGUUUGGGAGCAACUUCUUCAGUUUCAUCCCGCCGGUGCGGGCGCUGGGUAUGUUCGCGGCGUUGACGGUGUGCGUGAACUAUCUUCUGGUGUUGACGCUGCUCCCCGCCGCGUUGGUGAUUGGCGCCAAGGGGUUCAAAAACUCCUUCAUGGAUGCCAUGGACGAGUGUCUCGGGCUGUUCACGAGGCGCGGAUACACCCCACGGCAGGUGAACGAGUCCGCGCCCCCGACGCCCGCGCAGAAGGCGACGUAUUCACAGCUGGACACCAGGGAUACGGAGCCGAGCGGCGGCGAGGUGGAGCUCCAAACCGUGCGAGGUAAAACGGAUGACGACGACGAGGCGGACUGGACCGAAGUUGGGGUCCACGACGACGGAUUCUUCGCGCCGUCCACCGCCGAAGCGAAGGAUGGCGGCGAUGCGUCGAUCGUGCGCGUGAAGAAGGAGAUGACGUGUUCGUGCGCCGACCUGAACGCGUCGAUUCGCGCCAACACCGCCGCGGCGACGACGUGGCUGGGGGAUUUUGUCAUCCGUCGCAAGUGGGCGAUCAUCGCGGCCGGCGUCCUCUGCGCGGUGGUAUCCUCGGCGGUCAUCGCCGACUCCCUCGUCGUCGCGCGGACGCCCCCGCCGCUGCUCCGCGAGGACCAGAACCUGCAGCGGAUUCAGCACCUCCUCUUUGACGUCUUUUACACCGAAAAUUGGAGCAACGUGCGGGUGGCGUUUGGCGUCGCCGGGGUGGACAGGUCCGGCGCCGAUCCGAACGAUCCGACCCAGUUCGGCGACCCCGUGUGGGACGGAUCCUUCGCGCGUUUCAACGACGACGAGUACACACAACUCGCCGUGCUCGCCGCGUGCGACGCGGUCACGGCGGCGAAUGAGACGCUUCAGCUCACGCCGUCAUCCGGAUCGACAGAGUGCGCGCUUCAGGCGUUUGUUCGCGACUCGGGAGGCGUGGAUUCCGUGGACUGGGGUCCUGGCCUGCCGAGCGCGCUCGCGCGGUGGUCGCGGGACAUGGGACGCAACUGGAGGGAGAACCUGGGCUGGGCCGGCGAGGAGGGGUCGUCCGAGCUCAAAUUCAUAACCGCCGACUACUUUGUCGAUUUGCAUCCCGUGUCGUCAACGACUGAGGAGAUUCGAAGGGUUCACGACGCCUGGGAAGCCGUCGUCGCCGCCGCGAGGACCGCGAUGGCGUCGCGACUGCCCCCCGGGUCGCCCGUACCCCUAGUCAUUCAGGCGUGCGACGUUUGGAACCGCAUGGGCGUCGAGGAGUCAAUCGGGUACACGGCGCGGAUAUCUCCCGCGGUGUCCGCGGCGGCUUGCUCGCUGAUCAUGCUCGUCGCGACCCGAUCCUGGCGCGUCACUGUCGCGGCGGUGGGCACCAUCGCCAUCGCGGUGCUCGGUAUGCUCGCCGCCCUCGUGAGUUUGGGGUGGGAGUUCGGUGUGGUUGAGGAGCUCUGCGUCACGCUCCUCGUCGGCUCGUCGAUUGAUUACUGCAUACACCUGGCGAUGGCGUACGCGGAGGAGGCUCCGAGCGGCGCCGGCAGGGACGAGCGAGUGAAGGCGGCGCUGGCGCACAUGGCACCGACGCUCACGGGCGCGGCGAUGUCAACGGCGGCGUCCUCGGCGAUGCUGCUCGCGUGCGUCGUGGAGGUGUUGGUGAAGAUCGGCGCCACCAUCGUCGCCAACACAGCCGUCGGGUUCGCGCUUUCGCUUUUCCUCUUCUCCGCGCUCAUGGCCGCCUUCGGGGAUUGA